AUGGAAAAUAAUUAUCCUCCUCAUCGUCAACAACCUCGUGAUCUCUUCAACGUAUUCUCCGGAAAUCAUAUUUCUACGGGUUUGCAGGAACCCACAUCAUCGUCAUCUCCAAACUUAAUGCUUCGUACUGAAUUAUCUCUUUCCUCUACCUUCUCCUUCACCAAAACCAGAGCGUCCAAACAUACCCACCGGAAUUUUUCCAGUGGAAACCGGAUCAAGAGAAACUCAUCAAAGCCUUCUUAUUAUAAUCAUUGCCAUACAGAGAAAGAAAAAACCAGCAAUCAUGAGAGUAACAUCUCGACUGCUUUGAAGCUUUACGAUGACCCAUGGAAGAUCAAGAAGGUUCUAACGGCCAGCGAUCUGGGGAAGCUGAAUAGGUUACUGCUGGGCUCAGAUUCCAUGGAGGAUCUGGUAGUUUCAGUGCUGGGAAAUGAUAGUGAUGUUGAUGAUGAGGAAUUAUUAUUCAAAAAGGGAAUGGCAGUGAGAGUGUGGGAUGCAGAAACCGAGUCCAUGCAUGAGCUGAUUCUGAAGCGAUGGGCUUCGUUCAAGAACUGCGUUCUGAUUGGAGAUUGGAAUCAGGGUUUUGUCAAGAGAAGGGCUUUGAAGAAAGGAGAUGAGAUUGGUCUUCAAUGGGAUCCCUACAACUUCUGCUUUAAUUUCUCCAUUCUCAAGAGAGUUUUGGGGUAA